AUGUCUGAAGCAACUGGUGCAAUUCCGUCCGGCGCUAGCUCGAGCCCGCCUCGGAGCACGAAGACUCCUACUACUAGACUCGUAACGGCCACCGACUCGGAUGUUACACUCGGCUGCGCACUGUUUGCAAGUGACAGCCGAGGCGACAAGCGGAAGGUCGAGGUGGGUGCCGCAAAGAAAAGGAGCGAGCCCGGCGAAAAUGGAGGUCCCGUCGGCGACGAGCGGAACGAAGCUGCGGACGAGGCAACGCACGCGGCACACCCGGAGAAGCUGAACGGCGAGAGGUACAGGUGCGGCGCACCGAAGAACGUAGGCGAGGAAGACGGCGUGCGCAACGGCAACGCGGGAUGGACUAGGCUGGACGGCGUGCACACUAGCGACGCGUGGCAGGACUGGACUGGAUCUGGAACUGGAACUCGAACGGAGACUGGAACUGGAACUGGACGGAAGCGCGCGCUGACGGCGCAAGUGUUACCAAGUAUCAUUACAGUCUCCUACCACAUGAAGUGGGGUCCAGCCAAAAUGAAGGCACGCCUUGAGCCCCAUCUCAUGACCACCCCGUCCGUUUCCGAUGCGGACCACUGCAGCACUACUACCGACAGGGCCGAGAUUACCACGCGAGCCGCCAUCGGAAAACAAAAGGAAGCGGGUCCGUCCAGUAGGGGCCGCGUCGAGCGUCGGCUCCCACGCGGAUAUGAGCAUACGACGCAUCGUCCGGGCCGCCAUCUCGAGAACAUCCCGCUGAAGACUUCGACCGAGAUGUAG